UUCCUUCUUCCUAUCGAUUGGAUCUUGUUAUAUAAAGGUGCGAUAGUGUGGGCAAUUGCAGCGAGUCCGCUUGUUCUGAACAACUUUUCCUACCGUGUUGAGAGAGAGAGAGAGAGAGAGAGAGAGAAUGGAGUCUCGUAGCAACAGUAGCAACCACGAUAAUGGUAGUACAAGCAUAGAAAUAGUGGAGUUGGACAGUGGAAAUGAGGAAGCUGAACUGAAGAAGAAGCCGGAAAACAAUGAUGUAUACUCGCUUUUGCAACGAGGUCUGAGAAGAAAGAGUAAAACGGUAAAUGGAGAAAGGGAAGAGCAAUCCCAAAAGGUUUGCAUAUUUAGACUCCCUCAGGGCCUGGCUGAUAUUGAUUUCAAAGCCCACGAACCAGAGAUUGUGUCGAUAGGCCCUUUCCACCGGGCCAAAGAAACCCUGGUAGAAUUCCAGGAUCACAAGUGGUAUUUCCUUGAUUCCCUACUUCAGCGAUCAAAGGAUUUAAGUGUAUAUAUUGAAGCCAUGAAGAUAAGAGAGAUGGAAGCAAAAAAGUGUUACUCCGAGAGAAUCAACAUGUCCAGCACGGAGUUUGUGAUGAUGAUGUUACUCGACGGUGGCUUCAUUAUUGAGCUCUUGCACCAAGUGCGCGGGGUAACUGGUAUGUGGGACGAAAAUAACCCAUUAUGUGCGAUGCCCCAUUUGAUCCCGGUGAUCGCGAGAGACCUCCUUAAGUUGGAGAACCAGCUCCCCUGGUUUGUUCUCCAGGACUUAUUUAAUCUCUCGAAGGUUACAAGGGAUAUUGAUUGUGACCCUCUGAAUCUGCUUGCCUUAAAAUUCUUCAAUUUAUUCUUCCCGAGACCCCUGGACAUUCUUAAGAAGAGCUGCAAGUUGGAUGGUCGUCAUUUACUCGAAUUGUUUCACUUAAGCUUCGGUGGGUUGAUGAUGAAUCAUACAGUAUUCCGGGACCCCCAUUCCUCAGACGAUUCAAUCUCUUAUCAAGAUCAGUCCAUCCUCCAACUCCAAUGUGUAACUCAGCUCCAACCAUCUGGGAUCAAGUUCAAGCCACUGAAGGCCAACAGCUUCUUGGAGCUCAAUUUCAGAGGUCCGAUGCACUUCAAAUUAGUAGGGCAGAACUGGUACCAGCGGCCACGCUUCAUCGACAGGCUUCUCUUCCCUAGUCGACUACUGUUAUAUGUGUUCCUGAAAAUGAUAUCAUAUUUCAGAAGUGGGGAGCUACAAAUCCCCCCAAUAACCAUUAACGAGUUCACCAGCACACUCCUCAUAAACUGUGCUGCCUUUGAACAGCAUCCCGGACGCUAUGCUCAUCACUGCUUCACAGAUUACGUUGCGUUCAUGAGUUGUCUCAUCAAUUCAAGCAGGGAUAUCAGCAUUCUCUGUGUCGCUGGUAUUAUCUCAAAUUUCUCCGAGAGCGAUCGCUAUGUGGCUCGUCUAUUCAACGAACUGGGUAAGAAUGUGGGGUCCAAAACAAGAUACUCGUAUCUAUCUGGAAUAUGUACGCAAGUGGACACGUACUACAACAGUUACCCAGCGAUGUUGAGACGUACCUAUUUUCACAGUCCAUGGUCAUACGUCUCCGUCUUUUAUGCCAUUCUCCUCAUCGGCUUCACCAUUGUCCAGACGCUAUAUGCUGUUCUUUCUUAUCUUCACCGUUCUAACUAGUUCCAUGAUUCUAUAGUGUGAUUAAGAUAUUUUAUAUGGGAUAAUCUGGUGUCACAUGAAUAAAAGUUAAUUUUGGUUUUUAUAUGUA